GGAGCCGGAAGUCGGCGACCCAGCCGGUACGUCGCCCUCCGCGGGGCGCAGCGCACCAUGCUCCCGCUUCCCGGCCGAAUCUUCAGGGUUCGCGUAGCACCUGUCGCGGCCCUGGCUGUGGCGCUGGUCUCGUCGCUUUCUCGCUGCUCCCUCCUGGAGCCGGAGAACCGCGUGGUCUCGGCGCUUAGCCCCUACUUCGGCACCAAGACUCGCUACGAGGAUGCCAACCCCGGGCUGCUGCCGGACCCCGAGGUCCCGCGGCGGGACCCGGAGCUAUUGGAGGAGACCUGCACCCCUGUGCAGCUGGUCGCCCUCAUCCGCCAUGGCACCCGCUACCCGACGGCCAAACAAAUCCGCAAGCUGCGGCAGCUGCACGGGCUACUGCAGGCCCGCGCGCCGGAUAAGGGGACCCGCGCUGCCGGCGGCCGCGACCUGGGCGCCGCGCUGGCCGACUGGCCGUUGUGGUACGCGGACUGGAUGGAUGGGCAGCUGGUGGAGAAAGGGCGGCAGGACAUGCGACAGCUGGCGCUGCGCCUGGCCUCCCUUUUCCCGGCCCUUUUCAGCCGGGAGAACUACGGCCGCCUGCAGCUAGUCACCAGCUCCAAGCACCGCUGCGUGGACAGCGGCGCCGCCUUCCUACAGGGGCUGUGGCAGCACUACCACCCGGGGUUGCCGCCGCCCGACGUCGCAGAUAUGGAGUGUGGACCUCCAAGAAUUAAUGAUAAAUUAAUGAGGUUCUUUGAUCAUUGUGAGAAGUUUUUAACUCAAGUGGAAAGGAAUGCUACGGCUCUUUAUCAUGUAGAAGCCUUCAAAACUGGACCAGAAAUGCAGAACAUUUUAAAAAAAGUUGCAGCUAUUUUGCAAGUACCAGUCAAUAAUUUAAAUGCAGAUUUAAUUCAGGUAGCUUUUUUCACCUGUUCAUUUGACCUGGCAAUUAAAGGUGUUAAAUCUCCUUGGUGUGAUGUUUUUGACAUAGAUGAUGCAAAGGUUUUAGAAUAUUUAAAUGAUCUGAAACAAUAUUGGAAAAGAGGAUAUGGGUAUACUAUUAACAGUCGCUCCAGCUGCACCCUGUUUCAGAAUAUCUUUCAGCACUUGGACAAAGCAAUUGAACAGAAGCAAAGUUCUCAGCCAGUUUCCUCUCCAGUCAUCCUUCAGUUUGGUCAUGCAGAGACUCUUCUUCCACUGCUUUCUCUCAUGGGCUACUUCAAAGACAAGGAGCCCCUCACAGCUUAUAAUUAUAAAGAGCAAAUGCAUCGAAAGUUCCGAAGUGGUCACAUUGUACCCUAUGCCUCAAACCUAAUAUUUGUGCUUUACCAUUGUAAAAAUGCCAAGACACCUAAAGAAGAAUUCCGAGUGCAGAUGUUACUGAAUGAAAAGGUGUUACCAUUGGCUCACUCACAAGAAACUGUUUCUUUGUAUGAAGAUCUGAAGAACCACUAUAAGGACAUCCUUCAGAGUUGUCAGACCACUGAAGAUUGUGAAUUACCAAAAGUGAACACAUCUGAUGAGCUUUGAGUAACUGGAGAACAGUUUUAAUUUGUCAGGAAUCUAUUAUAGGGAGUGAUCACAUGUUUGAACUAGGUGGGCAGUCCCUGGCUACAGAAAGCUUUAGCAUUACUUAGGUUUUUCUGUCUCUUCAAAGAAAAAUAUUUCUUUUGGAGUUUGGACAUGGCUUUAUAAGAAAUGAUUCUUCACUGGAACAGCUCUCUUAAUGGGAAAAAAAAUCUAUUCAAAGAGAUAACUGACAUUACAAAUGUUUACAGAAAUUAAAUUAUUCCCAUUUUAUGUAAGAAAUCUCACACUGAGAUAGAAUAUGAUUUCAGAAUACUUGAAAGUGCUGGAGUAACAAAAUAUUUACAUCAGUUGGACAGUCUGGAACUUGACAGGCUUAAGUCUAGGAACUUUACCAGUUGUGCUGCAGUUCUUUCUUUUUUCCUCAGAUAACACAGUUUUAGCAUUGCCUUUCUUAAUCAAAAAUAUGAUUCACGGAGUUCCCGUCGUGGCUCAGUGGUUAACGAAUCCAACUAGGAACCAUGAGGUUGUGGGUUUGAUCCCUGGCCUUUCUCGGUGGGUUAAGGAUCCAUCAUUGCUAUGAGCUGUGGUGUAGGUCGCAGACCAGCUCAGAUCCCACGUUGCUGUGGCUGUGGUAUAGGCCGGCGGCCACAGCUCUAAUUAGACCCCUAGCCUGGGAACCUCCAUAUGCCACAGGAGCGGCCCUAGAAAUGGCAAAAAGACAAACAGAAGAAAUACGAUUCACUGAGAAUAUCGCUUUGGAAGAAAGCUUACCUCUAGUUGAGAAUUUGAAACAAUAUUAAGAUAGAGUCUGAUUUAGAAGAACACCUUCACUGAAGGAUAACAAAAGUGUGAUAAUCCAGUAUUUUUGUUAAAAGUAUUUAUAAAGUAUUUAAACACUGUUUUAAUAAUUCCUUUCAACCUUCUGGUAAGUCUUGCAAAGCCAUUCUUUAUUAUCAUACCUGUUUUAUAUGUAUAACAAUGGAAGGACAAAAAGGACCAUUAGCAAUAAGACAGAAGAAUGGAAUCAAAGUUUCUGAAAUCCAUUGCUUAGCCUUUUUUUUAUUCUGUCACUUGGCUUGUAUUUUUAUGUUUUGCCAUUUUGUGAAAUGUAUCUUUUUGUGGCUUAAAUUUCUUUUUUGUUCUUUUUUUUUUUGGUAAAGAAAGACUUCAUCCUGGCGGGCUUAGUUUCACAGAUAUGAACCCAUUUCAAAGAAAUUGUUCUGAACUCUGUCAAAUGUCAUGAAAGCGUUUGCUUUAAUAAUAAACAGAAUUCUUGUGACUUUACUACCAGGUCUUUUCUGCAUCAGUUACAGUAAUUGAUGGUAAAAGGCUAGAAUUUCAACCAGCUUUGACUAAGGCAAUAUAAGGAAAUUUUCUUCUAAUAGAAAUUUCCUCAACAUUUUCCCUUGUUAAAGAAAAAUGGAAAUUCAUUUUAUUAGAAAUCUAAAAAACUGUCACAACUAUAUAUUGAAAUUACAAAAAGAUGCAUAGUUCAUUGAUCUAUUGAUCAUUGAUCGUCAAAUGAAUGAUGUUCAUAAAAUAGGUGAUUAGCUGGGAAAUACUGUUGAUGCAUCCAUACACUGAUGAUUGUUCCUGCAAAGGUCCAGUAUUAAUCUUUUUUUAGAUUUUAAGUAGGCAGACAAGAAGAAAAUAGUAUAAUGAAUUCAUGCCCAUUUUGCUGUUUUAUCAAAAUUAACAUUAUAAUGUUUGGUUUAGAUCCAAAUAAGAAAAAUCAAGGACUUUUGUAUGCCUCCCUUAUGCUAUUGCCUUCACUCCCUUCCUGGAGGUAACCACCAACAUGAAAUUCAGUAUUCACCAUUCCAUCGCAUGCUUGACUCUGAAAACUUGUCGUGUUGUAGGAAUUUUAAAUUUUCUAUUAAAGGACUUACACUAUGCAUAUCACUCUUGAAUAAUUUAUUUAUUUUAAUUGCUGUAUUUGUUUUUCAAGACUUUUCUUCAUCCUGGUCAUUUGUUGCAAACUAAUAGCUAUCAGCUUAUCAAUACCUGUUGUGUCUCCUUUUUAUGUACAAACACUAGACUGAGUUUACAGGCAUGUUAAAGUUGAAUGAACCUAGUUUUUCUUUCAAGGGGGUUAUCUUAAAAGAUCUUAAAUUUACUUGGUGUCUGGAACAUUAAAUAAUUUGAUUCUUAAACUUUUCAUAGACUAUGAAAGUUAUAGGAAUUGUUUAAUUUAUUGUUAAAUAGGACCAUAUAGUUAUCAUUGUAGUUAUUGGUAUGUAAAAUAUCUCAGGAUGGAGGAUAAGUGUGGUCCAUUUUUGCUAAUGUUACAGAAGUUGUGACAUUAUUUUGGUGCUAUUAUUCUCACUUAGGACAUGCCUAAAACUGAAGAAUCUCAAGAUAAAGUAACAGGUCUUUCUAAGAUAGGAUAUAUAAGAAGUUGAGCCUUGAAAAAUAGUCUUUGGCUAGCAAGAGUUCAUUCAUAAUAGGUGGCCAAAUUACUCAGGCCAAAAUAUAUCACUAUCAGUUCUGAGAUUUUGGUCAAUUCAUGAAUAGCCUAUGGACAUCAGUAGUUUUUCUGUCUGUUUUACAACUUGAUGUGUGCAGUGCAUUAUACUGUUUUUUACAGUCAUUUUGAAGUUUCUGCUCUCCAACACAUAAUCAUUUACUUGAUGCUGUUUUUAUAUAACAAUGAAAUCAAAUUGUAACAAUGAAAUCAAAUUGUUAAAUUGUAACAAUGAAAGCAAACUCAACUUGUAACGGAAGAAGAGCUUCAUUUUUUUCAGAUUAAAAUCAACUUUUAUGAUAUCUUUGAGUGCUUUCCUUUUGUAAACUGCAAAACUGAUGUAUGCCCUUAAAUAUUUGGGAGUCACUUACAACCAAACCAGAAUAUGUAAGUGUAAAUUUUUGGAAUAUAUUUCUCUAAAAUGGUAUUUCACGUAGUUCAUGAAUGACUCUUGGAAUUUGGACCGUGUUCUGCCAAAUUUAAGCUGAAAAUAAAUAUUUACAUUAUGAUAUAA